UCUAUUUCCUGACCACAACCCCAGAGUCUGUUCUCGGGCUGCCUGAUUGGCUUAAUGAUGACAAACACAAACAGGAAUCAGAUGACCGAGAGGAUCCUGGAUCUGUCCCUGGAGGUCAACUACCUGUUGACUGGAGAGGAUUACAUCGUUGUGAAGAGAUCUGGUGAGUCCAUAAUACAGGGCAGAAUCCCUCGUGUGUCCGAUGGAUCCAGCAGGACCCAGAGCCCCAGCAUGGUGCCUCUACCUCACUCACUGAUGCAUGAGAGAAACCAUGAGAAGAAGGUCCUGAAACUGACCAAUCAGAUCAUCCACCUGCUGACUGGAGAGGUGUGGAAGUAUUUAGAAGGACACAAGGAACCUUACAAUGACUUAAUGAUGGACACUCGCCAGCCUCUCGGCUCACUGGCAGAUGGCUCUCUAAACGUAAGUGAAACGGAUGAUUUACCCAUCCAUGUUCUGUCAGCGAAUCGUGUGACUGAAGGUAGAGUCGCAGAUGAUCAGGGAGGAAAUUCUGUGACAUUUAAUGAACUAAGUAAGAGACCAAGUGAAUCUGUGAAAUCAGAAACAGCUUUAUAUGAAGAAAGAAAUCUACCAGAUGGAGAGAUUUACUCACUGAAAGAAUGUUCCCAAACAAAAUCCACAUUACACACGGAAUAUCCAUCUACUCAUAUUAAGAAGGAACCAACCUCAUGUGAAGAGGAAAACCUCACAGACACUGACAUGUAUACACCCAGAGAACAGACAGAAUAUCCAUCUUCUAAUAUUAAUGAUGAUCCAGUCUCAUGUGAAGAAGGGAAUCUCACAGACACUAGCAUUAUUACACAUGGAGAACAGACAGAAUAUCCAUCUUCUCAUCUUAAGGGGGAUCCAGUCUCAUGUAAUAAAAGGAAUCUCACAGAAACUGACAUUUACACACCUGCAGAACAUACACAGUAUCUAUCGACACAUAUGAAGGAGGAACCAGCCUUGUGUGAAGAAGGAAAUCUCACACACACUGACAUUAUUAGACUCACAGAACAUACACAAUAUUCAUCUACACAAAUUCAGGAUGAGCUAGUUUUAUGUGAGGAAGGGAAUCUCACACACACUGACAUGUGUUCCUAUACAGAACAUAUAUGUUAUCCAUCCACACAUAUUAAGGAGGAACCAGCCUUAUGUGACAAAGGAAACGUCACUGACAUUUAUACACCCACAGAACUUACACAGACAGAAUGUCCAUUUACUCCUGUUACGGAGCAUUCAGCCUUGUGUGAAGAAGGAAGUCUCGGUGAUGUGGACAUUCAUAGCUCUGCUUGUGAUCUUGUGAAACAAUACAAAAGUAAUACCAAUAACUUUAAUGGUCAGAAAGUUUCACCCACAAAUUUAAAUCAAACGAAAUAUCAGAGAUUCCGUCAAGGGAAGAAAGUGACUUGUUCUGAAUGUGGGAAGUGUUUCAGUCAUAAAAUCAGCCUUAAUAGGCAUAUGGUGAUUCACACACAAGAGAAACCAUUUUCAUGUUCUGAAUGUGGGAAAUGUUUCAAUCUGAAAGGCAACUUAAAUAAACAUCUCAGGAUUCACAAAGGAGAGAAACCAUAUUCAUGUUCUGAAUGUGGGAAAUGUUUCACUGAAAAAUACAACUUUGAUACACAUCUCAGGAUUCACACAGGAGAAAACCCAUAUUCAUGUUCUGAAUGUGGACAUUGUUUCAGUCAUAAAUCUAGGCUUAUUGCCCAUAAACUGAUUCAUAAUGGAGAGAAACCUUUCUCCUGCUCUGAGUGUGGGAAAUGUUUCAAUCUGAAAGGCAACUUAAAUAAACAUCUCAGGAUUCACACAGGAGAGAAACCAUAUUCAUGUUCUGAGUGUGGGAAAUGUUUCACUGAAAAAUACAACUUUGAUACACAUCUCAGGAUUCACAGAGGAGAAAAAACAUAUUCAUGUUCUGAAUGUGGACAUUGUUUCAAUCAAAAAUCAAGGCUUAUUGCCCACGAACAGAUUCAUAUUAAGGAGAAUCCUUUCUCCUGCUCUGAGUGUGGGAAAUGUUUUCAUCUGAAAGGCAACUUAAAUAAACAUCUCAGGAUUCACACAGGAGAGAAACCAUUUCAUUCAUAA